CCCCCCUGAGUCAUCGCCCCGCGCGGCCCCUGCGGACACAGCCAUGCAGAACUAUCGGGGGCUGACGGACAAGGAGCUGCUGGAGAAGCUCAAGAGCAUCCCCCAUGGGUCCCUGCAGGGCCCCACUCGGAAGCUCUAUGAGAAGAAGAUCUACGAGUUCGAGACCCGGCGGUGCCGGUUGGGGGGCAGCGAUGAUCCCGACCACGACGUCCCCCCCCCGCUCUAUGGGGGCGGAGCCCGAGCCCGGCAGCCUGUCCAGGAGCGUUUCCGAGCCCCCCCCGCGAUGAUGGAGGCGGAGCCAAGGUUGGACCAUCCCACGUGGGGGGCAGUGGGGGGGGGGCCGUUGCCACGGGAACCGCUGCGGCCCCCCCCGCCCCCCCCCUCGGGCCCCCCCCCGCGCAUGCUCCCUCUGCGCCCGCAGCGCCUGGCCCUGGGGCUCCUCGUGGCCCUGCUGGUGCUGCUGCACUGGGGGGGGUGGGGGGGGCCUCCCCCCGCCGUGGGGGAGACCCCCCCAUAG